CGCUCCAGGCUUCUGUCUGAUCCGUUGGUCUACAUCGAAGCCUUCACGGAGGCUCUCAAGGAAGAGUCAAAGCGACUGGAGGAAGAGAGUGCGAGCGAGGGCAAGACCGCGCGCAUGGCCUCCUCCAUCAUGGAAGCUCCGCGCCAGCAGUGGUUCGUGGGUUUCACGCCCAACCUGGGUCCUGCGCACCACGUCUCGCCGCGCAGCCUCACCACCGACUUUCUGCGCACCCUCGUCGUCGUGGAGGGCAUCAUCACCAAGUGUUCGCUCGUGGUGCGGAGCGUGCACUACUGCCCGCGCACCGGCGAGGUGCUCUAUCGCAACUACCGCGACGCGGCGACAACGACCGGCAUCCCCACGUCGGCCAUCUACCCGACCCACGACGACAACAAGAACCCGCUCGAGACCGAGUUUGGCUGGAGCGUGUACAAGGACCAGCAGACCGUGACCAUCCAGGAGAUGCCCGAGCGCGCUCCGCCCGGACAGCUGCCGCGCUCGGUCGACGCCAUGCUCGACCACGAUCUGGUCGACCGCGUGAAGCCCGGCGACCGCGUCCGCGUGGUGGGCGUGUUCAGGGCCGUCCCGCUCGGCAGCAAGCUGGGCAACAACGUGACCAAGGCCAACUUCCGCACCAUUCUCGUGGUCAACAACGUUGAGAUAAUCGGCAAGGAGUCGCUCGACACCUUCAUCACCGAAGACGACAUCAGGAACAUCAGGGCCGAGGCCCGCCGAUCCACCGGUCCCGGCGACGAUAUCUUCUCUCGCAUGGCGCAGUCCCUCGCGCCCUCUAUUUUCGGCCACGACUACAUCAAGAAGGCGCUGCUGCUCUUCCUCAUGGGCGGCAACGAGAAGAAUCUCGAGAAUGGCACUCACCUCAGAGGUGAUAUCAAUCUUCUGUUGGUGGGUGACCCUUCGACCGCCAAGUCGCAGCUGCUGCGUUUCAUUUUGCACAUCGCCCCGCUGGCCAUCUCCACCUCUGGCCGAGGCUCUUCGGGCGUCGGUCUCACCGCCGCCGUCACCACCGACAGCGAGACGGGCGAGCGGAGACUCGAGGCCGGUGCGAUGGUGUUGGCGGACAGGGGUGUGGUGUGCAUCGACGAGUUCGACAAGAUGUCCGAGGAGGAUCGCGUGGCCAUUCACGAAGUCAUGGAACAGCAGUCGGUCACCAUCGCCAAGGCCGGCAUCCACACCUCGCUCAACGCCCGGUGCAGCGUGCUGGCCGCGGCCAAUCCUGCCUACGGCCAGUACAACCGGCACAAGAAGCCGUCGGAGAACAUCCGCCUGCCCGACUCGCUGCUCUCGCGUUUCGAUCUCCUCUUCAUCGUUCUCGACGAGCUCAAUCCAGCGCACGACAGGUCCAUCACCGAGCACGUGCUGCGAUCGCACAUGUACCGCCCGCCGGGCGAGCUGGAGGGCACGCCCCUCGACAUGUCCGACGGUCACCACGACCUGAUGUCGGAGCUGUCGGCCCACCGAGAGGACGUCGUGGAGACGCCCAUGUUCCAGAAGCACAACCCGCUGCACAGGCGGAAGAAGGAGGGCGGCGAGGAGAAGCGUCAGCUCUACACGAUGGAGUUCAUCAAGAAGUACAUCAUCUACGCCAAGAACCGGUUCCAGCCGCAGCUCAUGGACGACGCCGAGGACUACAUCGCCGAGGAGUACACCAAGCUGCGCGGCAAGAUGGACGUGCGCACGCAGCCUGUCACCGCCCGUACGCUCGAGACCCUCAUCCGUCUGUCGGCGGCCCACGCCAAGUGCCGGCUCUCGCACGAAGUGACCAGGGAGGACGCCGAGGCUGCCGUGGCGCUGGUCAACUAUGCCCUCUACCAUGAGGCCCAGCCCAGGGCCAAGCAAGCGGCGACGAAGGGCCAGGGCCAGACCGCUGGCGGUCAGGAGGAGGAGGACCAACACUCGACCAAAGCCGUCGCUCCCAACAAGCGACCGGCGCCGUCGGCCGACGGAAACGGAAACGCUAGGCCGACCCGGGCCGUGCGGCAGCAGCCACCGGCGGCGCAGAAUGGCGCUGGCAAGGCGACGACGGCCAACACCAAGGGCAGGGGCAAGGGCAAGGAGAAGAUGGAUGUGGAAGAUGAGGACGACGACGAUGGUCUUGACCCCAUGGACGAAGAGCAGAUGGAGGCUGACGGCGAUGGCAUGGUUGAAGAGGAGCACGACGACGACGAUGACGAAGACGAUGAUGCGGACGUGGCCGAAGUCACCGAGGAAAGGGUGCGUGCGGUGAAACAGGCCCUGUUCCAGCUUCGCACAGAACGGAGCUCCAAUGCGCUCUCCAUCGACGACCUCGAGCAGAAGCUCAAGAAGAUGAACGCCAAGAUGAACCACGCGACCGUGGAGGCCAUCCUGCUGGAGAAGCUGGAAGACACCAUCUGCUACUUGAAGGAGGCGGGACAAAUCUUCCACCUCGUCUGA